AUGAUUAAGAGGGCUAAAGCCAUAGUGGAAGUUGGGGAUGGUAGUGAAAUAAAGGCACUUCGAUGGUAUCAAGGAGAGAGUGAUACGUCUAAGUUGAACAAUGCGGAAAACUCUAAAGGACGUCUUGAAAAGUUUGUUCAAAAUAUACGAACUGAUCUUAAUAUGCCUUCUCUUCUUAUUCUUAUGGUUAUUAUUGAAUCAGCAGAUGGUCCAUUCAAAUACAAGGUUAUAAAACGACAAAAGGCAUUUAAGAUGCCUAAUAUCGUAAAGGUGGAUUCAGACGGAUUGGGGUUCAAUGAAGAUAAUGUUCACUUGAACACGGAGGCCGAAGUUCAACUGGGCAAAUGGUUGGCUGAUGCAUAUUUAAACAAUUUUGCAUAA